UACACAAUCAGACAGGUAGAGCCUUUCCUGGACUCAGCACCAGCCGCUGCUGGGAUCCGAUAAAUGCUAUGCUUUCCUCUAACUUUAUCAUUUCUUGUCAUUAACUUGAAGGUUUUCUCAGACAGGAAUGGCCGCUGCAGUCUACCUGAACCGAACAGUUCCUCCACCACAAUCAGUGGAGCCCCAAACUGAAAUGAGGACUCAAAGCAGCUCUGAGAACAACCUGAAGUUUAUCUGUGAGUUUAGACCUGGGACCAGUCCUGAUGAAGACCACGGAACCAGCAGGAACUAUGAGUCCGUGUCCGUCAUCCUACCAGCUCAAUGCAACAUCUGCCAGCUGAGACUCCGCAUUUGCAUGCAGGCGCAGCAACAAAGCUGCCAUCCGGAUCCGUUUGCAAUACUGGAUCCAGAGAAAUACCUGCUGCUGUAUGCCAGAGGGGGGGACUGGUAUGAAGCCCUUGAUGACUGUCAGAUCCUGCGGACGCUAGACAUCCCAUGGUCACUAGAUGACUCUCGGUGUUUAGUUGCACACAUAGUUGCCAAACCGCGGGUUGCUGGUGAUUUAGAACAGAAGAAAAGACAACAGCAGACUUUGAAAUACCUGAUUGGACAUGACCUGGAGCAGGAGGCCUCAGACCGACUGGGGGAACUCACCUUCACCCGCAGGAAGCUGGCGUCUCCUCGAAGGGUGGAGCUGAAGAAUCGCCAUGAUGUGCUGUACGCCACAGAGCCCUGGGUUACACAGGCCCCCGUUCCCAGUGAGCUGGAGGAAUGGUUGAACAGGAAGCUUCCUGUCACCCUCCACUACAUGAGCAAGAUCAGCUUCAGCAUACUGGUUGAUCUGAAGGCCACUCCGGACGUCCUCCUUCAGGUGUUUGGAAGGGUUAUGGAGGAACAAGGGGUAGAAUACGACUUUUCUGAAGAGCUGGUGUUGAAGGUUUCAGGGAGGGAGGAGUUCCUGUCGGGGGAAAACAGUCUCAUUGAUUUCCUUUGGGUUCGUCAGUGUUUGAAAGCCAGUCAGGACCUCCACCUCUCUGUGGUCCCCGUCUCCAACCUCCCUCCAGAUUCCGUCCGAUUUGUUGACUGGCCGCUGGUUGAUGGUUUUAGCGGUCAGUUUAGCGCCCAUGAGGAUCUUAGUCUCCAUGGGAAGGAUCUGGAUGACAUCUUCAUGAUAUCUCUGUUGGACUGCAACAGAAAGCUCCGAGUCAAACUGCUUGGCUUUGAUAUCCCACAGCUGCCGAGCAAGCCCCCCCAGUCUGUCUUUGUGGAGGCGUCCAUCCUUUACGGGGGCAAAGUGCUCUGUUCAGUUUGCUCCCCCUCCAAGCCUUUUGCAGAUGAAGUGCUUUGGAAUGAGUGGCUGGAUUUUGAUAUUCUGCUGCGGGACCUGCCUCGUGGAGUCAAGCUGAGCUUCACUAUUAAUGCAUGCGCCGGCGACACCUCUCCAACCACCAAGGACCCGAAGCCAGCUUCACUCAAGGACCCCAAGGUCCCAACCAGCAGAGACAGCAAGCCAACAGACCUCCAGAGAGGGAGGGGGAAGGUCCUCUACUUUGUCAAUCUCCUCCUCAUAGAUCACAGGUCUGUCCUCAGCCAGGGUCCCUACACUCUGCACAUGUGGUCCUACCCGGAUCUGGAAGAUGGAGCCAUCACCUACCAAGCAGACAAACUGUCCUCUGCUACUAACCCCCAUAUAGAUGAGUCCAUGGCCAUCAGCUUCCUCCUGGAUCGCUACAGCUUCCCUGUUGUUCUCCCAAACACCUUUAGACACAGCAAUAGCUCUGCCAGUCCCACCUCAGGCCUUUUCCCUGAUAAAUCCACCGCCAGCACCAGCUCUCUUUCCCCUCAGGGGAAAUUUCCUUUAGAGAAGGACAGCGUGACUCGGAGGUCCCCAUCGCCAGUCUUUAACACCAAGGGCGACCACCUCAGGAGGUUUAGAGAGGAGAGUGUCCAGUAUGCCUCGAACCUCCCCCACUUCCUACGCGAUAUUAAUUGGUUAGAUCGUAAAAUGGUGGAGGACGUGCACUGGCUCCUGGGACUGUGGGAUCCUGGGGAGCUGGAUGUGCACGUGGCGCUGGAGCUGCUGAGUACGGAUUUCCCUGAUGAGAUUGUCAGGAAACUUGCAGUGCGGAGGCUGGAGGCUCUGCCCAAUGAUGAUGUGCUCAAGUAUUUGCUGCAGCUGGUGCAGACGCUGAAAGUGGAGCCGUACCACGACAGUUUUCUGGCUCGGUACCUCAUUCAGCGAGCUCUGCGGCGUUUUACCGGGACGUUCAUCUCUAAAAUGAAUCUGUGUCUUCAUUUGUGUCUUUUCUCAGCUCCACAAAGGCUGCAGGAGCUCCUCAGGAACAGCAAUCUGCCCAAUGAAUUCCUGUUGCCCUUUGACCCCCGCAUCAAGGCUGGAGUCCUCCUGCUGGACAGAUGCAAAGUGAUGGCCUCGAAGAAGAAGCCUCUCUGGCUGGAGUUUUCACCGAUGCCAUCCCCCACCUCCAACACACCAGUAGGGAUCAUCUUCAAAGAGGGAGACGACCUGAGGCAGGACAUGCUAGUUAUCCAGACCCUGGUGGUGAUGGAGUCCAUAUGGCAGGAGAAAUCUCUGGACCUCAACCUCAUUCCAUAUGGAUGCAUCUCCACCGGACACAACAUUGGAAUGAUUGAAAUCGUGAGGAAUGCAGCCACCAUUGCCGCUGUUCAGAGAAGUCUGGGCGGAACGACUGCCACCUUCAGGAAUGACGCUCUGUUCGAGUGGCUCAGGUCCAAGUGUCCCCUGCAGGAAAUACACUACAAGGCCGUGGAGCGGUUUGUGAAGUCCUGCGCAGGAUACUGCGUGGCCACCUACGUCCUGGGGAUAGGAGACAGACACAAUGACAACAUCAUGAUCACAGACCAGGGAAACCUCUUCCACAUCGACUUCGGUCACAUUCUGGGUAACAGGAAGCGCUUCCUUGGAGUGAGCAGGGAGCGUGCACCGUUUGUCCUCACCCCCGACUUCCUGUACGUGAUGGGCAGGGUCAAAAGUCGAAACAGCCUCUACUUUCAGCGCUUCAGGGAAACCUGCUCCGAGGCGUACCUCUUACUGCGCUCCCACUCCCGUCUGCUCAUCACUCUUUUUUCCCUGAUGCUGCUCACGGGCAUCCCGGAGCUGAGUGCCGCCGAAGACAUGCGCUACCUGCGGGAGGCGCUGCAGGAGGACCAGAGUGAAGGCCAGGCCAAGGCGCAUUUUCUGGAAAAGAUUACAGAGUGUGAAAAUCUGGGCUGGACGGUGCAGGCCAACUGGUGGAUCCACAUGGUGGCCGGCAUCAAGUAGCCUGGCCAGGAGGAGGAGAAACAGAACAUCUGAUUGGUUUCCAGAGUUUUCUUUGAAGCAGUCGUUCUCCCACUUUACCCGCUUGUUUCAUCAUACAGGAAUGCAUGUUUAUCAGCGCCAUGUCUAACUGGUGUGGCUGGUUUAUUCAUCAUCAUGUAACUCAUUAAUAAAUACCUAGGUAAAUAGGUUUUCUCUCUUCUCUUUGUGCUCUCAAGAACGAUGUUUAUGAUGACCAGCCUGCACAUCUAUUUCUACGUAUCUAUCUUCUUGACCAUCAGAUGUUUGUUUUAGUGUUUUCUGUGUUUCGUUAGCGAGCGUCCACAGCUCUGCAUUCUCACCCUCUCUGUGAUUAACUGUUGUCACUGUGGCUAUCAGCCUGAGAAGAUGAGACGUGUUUUAUGUAAACUUUGAUGGUCAGAGUUAAAAAACAAGACAAUUAAAAAGAAAAGGCCAAUAAAACCAAACAGGCAAUGAUCAUUAACAUUUGGCUGAUCAGGCUUUUACUGUGAGAACUUCAGGCUAACCCAAGAAAAGCUCCACAAGAAUAAUGUCCAUGUCUGGUCCCGCAUGGAGUCUCUGUCAAAUAUUAAAGGUAUAGAAGUAUUCUAUUAUUCAAAGUAAUGGAAGUAUUUGUGAAAAAGGAUCGUCUUGUUCUGUUAUUUUUAAUUCCUUCUCUGAUUCUGAUGUAACUCAACAACUGGGAUUAAUAAAGAAUCUGCCU